ACCCGCUAAAAACCUCCCUCUUUCUCUGUCUCUCUCGCUAGUCGUUAAGAGGCCCUAUACCAUUUUCUUUUCUCGUUCCAGGGCUAUAAACCCUAAACCCCUUCCCUUUCUUUCUCUCUCUCUCUCUCUCUCUCUCUCCACCUCGAGAAGUAGAAGGCUACAAGCUUUUGGAAAAAAUGAAUUUCAGCAAGGUCAAAGUUCCUAAGGUGCCAGGCGGUGGUGCAGCCUCCACUUUGCUUAAGCUUGGUGUUAUUGGUGGGAUCGUUGUGUAUGCAGCUGCUAAUAGUCUCUACAAUGUUGAGGGAGGGCAUCGGGCCAUUGUGUUCAACCGUAUAGUUGGUGUCAAAGACAAGGUUUACCCUGAAGGGACACACCUUAUGAUUCCAUGGUUUGAACGCCCAGUCAUUUAUGAUGUCCGUGCACGGCCCCAUCUGGUAGAGAGUACUUCAGGGAGUCGUGAUCUUCAAAUGGUUAAGAUUGGGCUUCGAGUUCUUACUCGUCCUGUGGCAAGCCAAUUGCCUACAAUUUAUCGAACACUUGGUGAAAACUAUAAUGAAAGAGUUCUGCCUUCUAUCAUUCAUGAAACAUUGAAAGCUGUGGUUGCACAGUAUAAUGCCAGCCAGCUUAUUACUCAGAGAGAGGCUGUUAGCAGAGAAAUACGGAAGAUUUUGACAGAAAGGGCAGCCUACUUUAACAUUGCACUAGAUGAUGUGUCCAUAACAAGCCUGACUUUUGGGAAAGAAUUUACUGCUGCAAUUGAAGCCAAACAGGUGGCGGCUCAAGAAGCUGAGAGGGCUAAAUUUAUUGUAGAAAAAGCUGAACAAGACAAGAAAAGUGCUAUUAUUAGAGCAGAGGGAGAGGCUACAAGUGCCCAGCUGAUAGGUCAGGCUAUAGCAAACAAUCCUGCAUUUAUCACACUUAGGAAGAUAGAAGCUUCAAGAGAAAUUGCUCAGACAAUCUCAAAUUCUGCCAACAAGGUUUUCCUUAAUUCAGAGGAUUUGCUGCUGAACCUUCAAAAAAUGGAGUUGGAGGUUCAUGGGAAGAAAUAGGCAUCUCUUUCCUCUUGUCUUGUGUUUUGUUUCCAAUCCAACAUCAAUCAAUUGGGAAUAUUUUCCUGAACUAGAAAAAAGAUGAAAUGUGGAAUUUUUUUUUUCUUGUUCAUUACUCUCUUUUGAUGGAUGUUCUGAAACUUGGGGAUUAAAUUCUACAUGAGAAUCAUCAAUGGAGAUCCCUAGGAACUACUUGGGAUAUUUUAAUUGAAA